AAAUUAGCCAAACAGCAUGGCGGAAAGCAGAGAAUUGUUUGGCAGUGAUGAAAGUGGAAAUGAAAGUGAUGGAAGUGGUCAUGGAUCAGUUCCAGGAACCCCAGGUGGAAGUAGUCCAGCACAUUCAGGGAGUCCACCUGGAAGUCCAGCCCAACACAGUGGAUCAGAACAUAGCCUGCAAGGGACACCAGUAGGCAGUCCUCUUGGGAGUCACAGAUCCCACAGGAGUGGCUCUAGAAGUCCAGGGUCCCAUAGGAGUGGCUCUGGAAGUCCACAUUCCCAUAGGAGUGGGUCUAGAAGUCCAAGGUCCCAUAGGAGUGGCUCUGGAAGUCCACAUUCUCAUAGGAGUGGCUCUGGAAGUCCACGAUCCCAUAGGAGUGGCUCUGGAAGUCCAAGAUCCCAUAGGAGUGGCUCUGGCAGUCCUAAAUCUGGAAGCCCUAUGUCAGUAAAAAGUAGAUCAAGGAGCCCUGGUUCAGUCAAAAGUCAUUCUCAAAGUCCAAGGUCAAGAUCAGGCAGUCCAAGAUCAAAAUCUGGUUCUCCUAAAUCAAGAUCUGGAAGUCCAAAAUCUAGAUCUGGCAGUCCAAGAUCAAGAUCAGGGAGUCCAAGGUCAAGAUCAGGGAGUCCAAGGUCCAAAUCAGGAAGUCCAAGAUCCAGAUCUGGGAGUGCAAGGUCAAGGUCAGGAAGUCCAAGAUCGAGAUCUGGGAGCGCAAGAUCAAGGUCAGGAAGUCCAAGAUCAAGAUCUGGCAGUCCAAGGUCAAGAUCAAGAAGUCCAAGAUCAAAGUCUGGCAGUCCAAGGUCAAAGGCAGGCAGUCCUAGGUCAAGGUCAAGAUCUCGAUCAGGUUCAAGAAAAAGUGGAUCAGGAAGUGAUUCAGAUAUUGGUAGACGAAAGAAGAGGAGGAUUAUGGGUAGUGACGAGGAAGAUCAGAAUGGGAGAGUAGAUGCUACAGUUGAUAACUUGUUUGGAGAUGCAGACGAUAUCAGUUCAGAUGAAGAAGACAAAGAAAAACGGUCUGAGGCAGGUGACAGAGAUGAUCAGAGAGGGAGAGGUUCUGACGAAGAGGAAGAAAUCGAAGAGCCACAAGAAACACUUAUAGAAGUAGAGAUCCCUCGUAUCAUUACAAAUCUUGGCAAAACUAUACAUUAUGUUAAACUUCCAAAUUUCCUCAGUGUAGAAACCAGGCCUUAUGAUCCAACAUCAUAUGAAGAUGAAAUUGACGAAGAUGAAGUUUUGGAUGAAGAAGGUCGAGCAAGGUUGAAGCUGAAGGUAGAGAAUGCUAUUCGAUGGCGAAAAGUAAAAGAUGCAGAUGGCAAUGAUGUAUUAGAUGAAUUAGGUGCACCGAAGAAAGAAAGUAAUGCCAGGAUUGUACGAUGGACAGACGGCAGCAUGUCAUUACAUUUGGGCCAGGAAAUAUUUGACGUCCAUACUAUGCCUAUUCAGGGAGAUUUUAAUCACUUGUUUGUACGACAAGGUACUGGUUUACAGGGUCAAAGUGUAUUCAGGACAAAAGUGGCCUUCAGACCACAUUCUACAGAAUCCUUCACCCACAGAAAAAUGACAUUGUCAUUAGCAGACAGAUCAACAAAAGCACAAAAGGUCAAAGUAUUACCCAUUCACGGCAAAGAUCCUGAUGCUAACAGAACAGAAAUGAUAAAGAAAGAGGAAGAAAAGCUGAGAGCAGCCAUUAGAAUGGAAGGAACGAGGAAAAGACAAAAAGAAAGACAUGUUGCUAAGGGUCUCUCUGGUGGUUACCUAGAAAGUGGGGAUGAAGAGGAAGAAGGGGAUAUCUCCAUAGCAGCCAUUAAAAAACAUUACAAAAAUGCUAGAGACCGCCCUAAUAUACCAGACAUUUACUCAAGUGAUAGUGAUUCUUAUGAUUCUGACAAGGAACGAUCUGGAGCACAGAGGCUGAUGAAGGCUAAGAAAGGUCCAGUGGAGGAUGAUUCAGAUUCUGAUACAGGACAUAAAAAGAAGAAAGCCAGAAUUGUAGAAUCUGAUGAGGAAAGUGAAGCAGGAAGUGGUGGCGGUGGCAAGCAGAGUGGUAGUGAGUCAGAGAAAAAUAAAUCUGGGUCAGAGUCAGAAUAGACAUGAAUUGUAUUGUACUAUUGAAAUUUGUGUUAUAAACAUGGAGAAAUGUGUUUUGUGAGUGAUGUAUGAAAGUCUGAAUGUUGUAUGAUGUACAGAUCCAUUAAUCAUUAUGUAUAUUUAUCAUGGACAUAUAGAAAUUGAAAAGUUAUUUAUCUUGGGUUCAAAUGUAAUAUUUUUGCAACACCAAUUCUAAUUGGUCAGACAGUAUCAAUAUGUUUUUCAUUAUUGGCUUCUGCAUACUCUGUUGGUUCUCAGAGACAGAUUUUUUUUUUCAGAGGGGGAAGGGGUGGGGGGGGAGAGGCCCGCCCCCUUAUGGAGCCAUUGUUAAUGCAUAGUCUUUUUACAUGUCACACUCCAAUUGUUGCCUAGUGUGGAGGCCCUCCUUUUUUCAAAAUCCUAGAUCCACAUCUGGUCUUUGAUGUAAUUAUAGGUAUAAAAAUAGUACUUUAUUGUUAAACUUCAAAGGAAGGAUAUAAAAUAUAUUAGAAUAUUUUAAAAUUUACUAUUAUCAAUCUUGUGAUUUAUUUUGGUGAAAGGGUAUGCAAUUCCUGCUUUAGUAGUUAUACCUGUUUAAAUGUUGGUAAGUAAAUAGAGUUAAAACACCAGCAUACAUGUAUAUGUUCGUUGGUUGUUGGUUGCAUAAUGGCCAGUGGCAAAUGUUUCAUGCAUGUUCAGGACGAUGUACAUGUAUAAUGUCAUGUAUUUAAGUACACCCAAUUUGUAAGCAUAAAAUCUCAAUUUGAUACCAGUAGUUAAGAGGUCAAGGGAGAUAACUCUUUGAAUCAUUUAUGUGCUUGUUAUAGGCAGUUUCAUCAUUGCUUUUUAAGCAUUUGUGUGAAACAGACUUAAAUUAUCUAUGGAAUGAGAGAAGUGAGAGAAUGAUGGAUGUGAUUUGACAGAGAUAAAACUAUGUGCAAUUUGUAAAUAUAAAGAUAGAAAUAAUAAAAAAAAACCAAGAAAA